AUGGCGGCGCCUCCUCAGGCCAAACGGUUCAAGAAGAAGGCGGACCGUGAAGCGCUUGAUCAAGACCAUGCGGACGAAUGGAUUCGCGACGAAGCCACGGGCUACCUCUUCCAUCCACACCGCCAGCUCUAUCACGACGAGCAAAACAACAAGUUUUUUCGCUUUGACCUACACACCCAUGAGUUCCGCGAGUACCAGCCCAAAGACAAGCCACAGCUGACUGCCCGUGUUUCCAAUGCUUCGAAUCAGUCCGAAGCUACGGAACCCACUACCACCCCCAAGCCGGGCUCCGUCUCCUCUCAGCCUGACUUUCCCUUUAAUCCAGACCAGGAUGAAACCACCAUGCCUGGCGUUUCGGACACAACCGAUGCGCCCCACGCCUUCAAAUCACAGGCAGAACUGCUCCCCGUUCGUGCAGGCGUGGAGACUUGGUCCGGCCGCAAAAACGACAACGAAGAUCGCUAUGACGUGGCAAUGUCCAUGGGUGCGCUGGGCCGUCUCUUCGCUGUCUACGAUGGCCACGCUGGAUCCGAGUGUGCGGACUACGUCAAGAAAUGUCUCCCAGGCAAUAUUGUGGGCGGCUACCGCGGAGGUGUUGUGGGCUGCGAGGGCACUGAUGCUGAACUUCAAGAACUACAAUCUCAGAUGUCGGAGGCACAACAAAGCCUAGUUGAGCUGACGGCAGCUCUCGAGGCUACUCCUGAUGACGAAUCGCUGCAGCAAAUGCAGCAGCAGCUCCUGGCACAGCAUGAGGCCAAGUCGGGUCUGAGCACAGACUAUCAAACUGCCGUUCUCAAGUGUGUCAAGGACGGCUACAAAUGCACGGAUAAGAACUGGCUCAGCAUGGCAAUCAAAAAGAAGAAGCAAGGUGGCAGCACUUCUCUGACCAUCAUGCUAAAUGGCUCAAGCACUACCAAUGCGCAUCUGAUCAUAGCCAACCUUGGCGAUUGCCGGGCUGUCAUGUGUCGUGGUACCAGAGCCCAUCGACUCACCCAAGACCAUAAACCGGACCGACCAGACGAGAAAAAGAGAAUCCAACAAGCCGGAGGUCACGUUGUCAACGUCAUGGGUGUCUCCCGUGUGAUGGGAGCUCGAGAGGAUCGAGAGCCACGGCAAGCCUUGAUGUUAGCUGUUUCCAGAAGCUUUGGCGAUUAUGCCCUCAAGACACCCAAAUUACUGGUGAGCCAUGUUCCUGAGGUCAGCAUCGAGCGCAUCGAGGAUAAGGAUUAUUUCUUCGUGAUUGCUUGCGAUGGUAUCUGGGAUGUCUUGUCUGACCAAGAGGUAGUUGACCUGGCCCGCAAGCAUUAUGGCCAGGCUCAGGAUGGUAUGAUGACCUUGCCAUCCUAUGCAUUGGCGCAGGAGGGCAGUGGGGUGGGGUUGUGCUUGUUUCAAGGACUGGGUUUUUCAAAAUGCUUAAAGGAUCAACCUGUCUUCUGUCUCUUUGUCCCUUGCGUUGCAGCUGCCCGUGCUAUUGUCCGGAAGGCCUACGAGGCUGGAUCGGGCGACAAUUUGACGGCCCUGGUGGUGGAGUUUGCGUGGCAUGAUGGUGAGGCGGUUUUGGGCGGCGGUGGCGAUACAGAGGGCGGCGCGUCAGACACCGACGCCACCGCACCCGUGGACGAGGAGAACAAGGGAGAGGAUGAUAUGGACAUGUUUGCAUAG